UGAUGCUGCGUGAGUCAGAGCUCGGCUUCCUCUACGUGACAAGGUGUGAGCCACUAGACCUGAACUAAACGGCUAAAGGGAAUACAAAAAAAGAAGAGUUUGUUCUCUCAGGCUGAGGAGAGUGGAGGAGCAGAACGAGAGCAGCAUGCAGGAUCGAGCGUAGCCAGCUAGGAGACGAAUCCAUGCAGGACAAGAAGAAGCAGGACUCAGGAGGAUGUCGACAGAGGAAGAAACACAAGCAAGCAUCAAAGCCAGCGUGAAACAGGAGUCCAGGAGGAAAGGUCAGAACCGUAGCGAGCAGGCUCUGAUAAAGCGCUUCAGAGGUGAUGGAGUGCGCUACAAAGCCAAGCUGAUUGGGAUUGACGACGUGUCUGCGGCACGUGGAGAUAAACUCUGCCAGGACUCCAUGAUGAAGCUGAAGGGUAUUGCUGCUUCGGCUCGAUCGAAAGGAGAGCACAAGCAGCGCGUUUUCUUAACCGUCUCCUUCAACGGCAUUAAGAUCUACGACGAGAGAUCCGGGGUAUUACAGCAUCACCAUUCUGUGCAUGAAAUCUCCUACAUCGCCAAAGACACCAGAGACCACCGUGCCUUCGGCUACGUCUGCGGGAAAGAGGGAAACCACAAGUUUGUGGCCAUCAAGACAGUCCAUUCAGCAGAGCCUUUGAUUCUGGAGCUGCGUGACCUCUUUACACUGAUCUAUGACCUGAAGCAGAGGGAUGAAGGGGAGAAGAAGGCACAAAAAGCAAAGCACUGCGAGCAGGCUGUUUAUCAGACGAUUCUCGAGGACGACACUGAUGACCCAGUGUAUCAGUACAUUGUGUUUGAAGCUGGUCACGAGCCGCUCCACGGCCCCCAAUCAGAGGAGAGCAUUUACCAGGUCCCAACGAGCCAGCAGAAAGAAGGGGUCUAUGAUGUUCCAAAACGCCAUUUUAUGACUAACAUCAGUCAGUUUGAACUGUUCGGUGACAUGGCCACUCCUCCAGACAUUGUAUCUAUGCCCGCGUCGCCCGCUAAUACUCUGGACCCCGGGCGACGACGACAUCAGCGUCACCCUGAGCUCUUCACACACUUCAGCCCCCCUGCCGUGCCUUCAGGCUACAUGACGAUGGGUGCAGUGCAGGCGGCUCACUGGGCUCAGCAGUCCUUCGCAGCUCCAGCAGCUCCACUGGCGUUUGGUGUUCAGGCUCCUCUGCAGGUUGCUCAGGUUCUUCCUGGAGGGCAGCCAGUGAUCUGGGGCCAGGCCAACCUUUUCCACUCUCCCGGCCCAGGCCAACAACAGUGGGCCUUCGUACCAGCCGGCGCCUUAUUUCAAGGCCUCGUUCCCUUAGCGGCCAUGCGUCCUCGCAUGUCUACACCGUCUGCACCAUCCUCGACCAUCACCAGCCCUCAGCAUGCACCUGAAUCCAGAGACGCCCCAAGCAGUAACCCCCCGGCAGAGGCACCAGGCUCACACACACAGCCUGCUGACAACAGCGACCCACCCACGGUGAUGGGAGGAGCUUCACAGCCUGCUGAGAAGCAGGAAACGGAGGUCUGUAGCGGAGAUCUUGAUCUCUCCCAGCUGAGUUUGACGCCGGGGUCAUCGACAUCGCCGUCUACUGCAGAGUCUCCUGCUACACCUGCUUCCCAGGAGGGCGACAUGACCUUGACCUCAGACCCCUCUAAAGAUCUGUCUGUCAUGAGAACAGAGAACAAUGAGAGCCAUCUUAAAGAGCCUUCUCCCACAGGAGGCGCAGAGCAGAGCGUCAGCCAAGAUGUGGCAGAGGAAUCGGACUGUGUCUGGCAUGCUGCUCUCUCAGAUAAGAGGAAGAUUAGUCCUGUUAUUCCGUUUGAUUUUGUCGUUUCUCUCGUACCUUCUCCAUUAACCACAAUGAUUUUUCUUCCUACAACACGACACACUCUCAGCACUGCAGCACUUCAGGCUUUAUUCAUCUGUGCGGUGGUUGUGGUGUGCAGAUCCCAGUCACCACCUCCACUCAGUCCUGUGGACUGCUCCCUGUCCGAGUGGUCACAUUGGACCCGCUGUGACCCCUGCCUGAAAAAGAGGUUCCGCCAUGCCACAGUGCUGCAGCUGUCUCAGUUUGGGGGAGAGCCGUGUCAUGAGCUCGGCCAUGAGGAAGAGUCGUGUACGCCGCCCUCGCGCUACUCAUGCCGCAGUUCUGUGCCACUCUGCCAGGGCUUCCAGUGUCCCAGCACAGGUCGCUGUGUGCCGGAGGGGCUGCGCUGUAACGGGGAUGAUGACUGCGGCGAUGGGUCUGAUGAGCUGAACUGUAAAAAAGUGUUUAAAGCCUGCAACCAGCCAACUGAAGAGUUCUACGGCAUAGAGAACCUUGCCAAAGGGAUUAACGUGCUGAACAAUAACUUGGAGGGUUUGGUGCUGGAUAAUCGCUACUACGCUGGCGGCUGUUUGCCCCAUUUUAUCCAGGAUGUGCGCUUCAGGAAACCGUACAACGUCCAGCAAUACACUUUUGAGACAAAAGGCUCCUACGAUUUCAAGCUGGAAUCUUACGACUCGUACAGAGAGUACUCGGAGCACACGAUGAGGGCCACCAUGUCCAGGACCACCAUCUCCUUCUCCUUCGCUAUACCUAACGUCUUCAAGAUCGGCUUUAACUAUGAUGAAAGCAAGUACAGGAAAUCUGUGCAGAAGCUUCGCAGUUAUGCUGGGAAGACGAACAAGUUCAUUCAUGCGCACUCCCGGCUCGAGCUAGCACGCUACGCCCUUAAGGUGGACAAUCUAAUGCUGCACCCAGAGUUCCUGUCACGCCUGCGAGCGCUCCCGAUCGAGUACACGUACGGCGAGUACCGCCAGCUGUACAGCGACUAUGGCACACACUACAUCACAGAGGCCACGCUCGGGGGAGACUUCGACUACACCCUCAUCCUCAACAAGGACAACAUGGAGAAAUCUGGGUACACUCUAAACGAUGCCAAGUCGUGUCUGCAGAUGGGCUUAAAACUCGGAAUCAACAUCCAGGGUGUGUACGUGUCAGGAGGGAUAUCAGGCGGAGGCUGCAAAGGCCUGCUGAAAGAGUUCGGAGAAACUGUUAGUCACUCGUCGAUGGUGGAGGAUUACGUGGCUGUGGUCAGAGGAGGAGACAGCGAGACAGUCUCACGUCUGGCCUCCAAGCAGUUCCCCACGCCGGACAUCAUGCAGCUGUGGGGGGAGGCCGUCCACUACAACCCUGACUUCAUCAGCACUAAGAUGGAGCCGCUGUAUGAACUAGUGAAAGGAAAGGACUUUACCAAUGCCAACAUGCUGAAAAAGAACCUGAAGCGCGCGCUGAUGGAGUUCCUGAGAGAGAGCGACUCGUGCCGCUGUGCCCCCUGCCUCAACAACGGAGUGGCUGUGCUGAAAGGCACUCGGUGUGAUUGUAUCUGUCCUACUGGCUUCAGCGGGCUGAGUUGUGAAGAUACGAAACGUUCAGGAAUGCCGGUGGACGGAAACUGGAGCUGCUGGUCCGAAUGGUCAGCCUGCAGUGGUCAGACCAAAAAGCGGACUCGUCAGUGCACCAAUCCGGCGCCGCGAAACGGCGGAGGUUCCUGUCAGGGGAUACACGAAGACUCCACUGACUGCUUUUAACUACACAGCAAAAAUACAAGCCACAAUACUGACAUCGGGAUCAGAAAGGCAGAAUAUGGAAUAUUUAUGUUUUGCAAAAUGCUCCUGUGAAAUAAAUCCAGACAAAAGAACGUAUUUGUCGAACAAAAAAAUGCUCAU